AUGCCAUCACGCUACUACUACGACGAAGCCGACGACCUCUCCAUCCCCCGUCGCCCAGUCCCGCACCCUCCUCCCCGCCGCCACCCCCGCCGCCAGCCACAUGCGCACCCAGACAUCAGGAUCGCAACAGACCCAGACAUCAGGCUCGCAACAACGAUAACAACAGCAGCGGACGCCCCCCACCCAGACGCCGAGCGCAUCUACGACUACAUAGCGCGGCACCUCGUCCCCGCCAUGCUGGCCGCCCGCCCCGAGCGGCCGCUGCAGCUGGUCCUCAACCUCGGCGGCGGCGCCCUGCAGCUCGGGUCGCGGUGGGAGGGCCUGGCCGCCACGGCGGCUGCUGCGCGGGAGGACGUGGCGGCCAACAUGCCCGGCUGGGACCAGGACCGGGACCGGGGCUGGGAUUGGGGUCGGGGGUUGUCGGCGGGGGCCCGGACGCCUGGGAGGAGGAGGGUGGGGUACUGCCGUGGGUGCCAGAGGAGGCAGCUUGUUGGGCUGGAGGGGUAUUGCCCGGACUGCGACCCCGGGAUCGGGGAGAGGGGUGGUGGCGGGGGUGGUGGUGGUGGUGUCUGGUUGGACGGGGUGCGCCAUGUGUCGACGCGGGAGCCGUGGGUGAGGAGGGAGGCGAGGGAUCCGAGGACUGGGAGGGGCCGAUACUCGGGAUAUUGGAGUGACUCCGAGGCCGGGGGAGCUGGAUACGCCAGCGGCGCCUGGUAA